GUGUCCGACUCUUCAUGACCCCAUGGACCAUAGCACGCCAGGCACUCCUGUCUUCCACUGCCUCCCGCAGUUUGGUCAAACUCAUGUUCGUAGCUUCGAGAACACUGUCCAACCAUCUCGUCCUCUGUCGUCCCCUUCUCCUAGUGCCCUCAAUCUUUCCCAACAUCAGGGUCUUUUCCAGGGAGUCUUCUCUUUUCAUGAGGUGGCCAAAGUAUUGGAGCCUCAGCUUCACGAUCUGUCCUUCCAGUGAGCGCUCAGGGCUGAUUUCCUUCAGAAUGGAUAGGUUUGAUCUUCUUGCAGUCCAUGGGACUCUCAAGAGUCUCCUCCACCACCAUAAAAUUUGUCUUAUUGGGAGUGGCUGACCGCCCACGCUUGGAGAUGUUGCUCUUUGGUAUCAUUCUGAUCUGCUACACGAUGACCCUGCUAGGCAACACGGCCAUCAUUGUGGUGUCGCGGGUGGACCCCCAUCUCCACACUCCCAUGUAUUUCUUCCUCAGCAACCUCUCCUUCCUUGAUCUUUGCUUCACUACCAGUCUUGGUCCCCAGAUGCUGGUGAACUUUUGGAGGAAAAGCAAGACCAUUAGUUACGGUGCCUGCGUGGCCCAGCUCUACAUCUCUCUCGCUCUGGGCUCCACAGAAUGCAUUCUGUUGUCUGCCAUGGCUUGUGACCGCUAUGCUGCUGUCUGCCACCCGCUGCGCUACACUGCCAUUAUGAGCCACUCCCUAUGCUUCAAAAUGGCUGCCGUCUCCUGGAUUAGUGGCUUUAGCACCUCACUGGUGGAGACGGUGAUGACUCUUCGGCUCCCACGGUGUGGACAAAACCGGGUGGAUCACUUUUUCUGCGAAGUGCCAGCCUUAAUAAAGUUGGCUUGUGUUGACACCUCAGUCAAUGAGGCUGUGCUCUUUGCUUCCAGUGCAGUGUUCCUUUUAGUACCACUAGGCCUCAUUAUUAUCUCAUACGGCUUCAUUGUGUCUGCCGUGCUGGGGAUCCGCUCAGCGGAGGGCAGGCAAAAGGCCUUCAACACCUGUGCCUCCCACUUGAUUGUGGUGUCGCUGUUUUAUGGGACGGCCAUUUUCAGUUACCUCCAGCCCCCGUCCAAUUACUCCCGCGACCAGGGCAAGAUGGUUUCCCUUUUCUAUACAUUUGUCACCACCAUGCUUAAUCCACUAAUCUAUACCCUGAGGAACAAAGAGGUACACAAAGCUCUGAGAAGAGUAAUGAAGCGGAAUUAA